AUGCCCAGUGUCCCACCCAGUAACCAGUGCUGCAUACCUAUUAUCACACCCAGUAAAGCGUGCUGCAUGCCCAGUAUCAUACCCAGUAACCAGUGCUGCAUGCCCAGUGUCACACGCAGUAAGGAAUGCUGCGUGCCCAGUAUCAUACCCAGUAACCAGUGCUGCAUGCCCAGUGUCACACGCAGUAAGGAAUGCUGCAUGCCCAGUAUCAUACCCAGUAACCAGUGCUGCAUGCCCAGUGUCACACGCAGUAAGGAAUGCUGCGUGCCCAGUGUCAUACCCAGUAACCAGUGCUGCAUGCCCAGUAUCACACGCAGUAAGGAACGCUGCGUGCCCAGUGUCAUACCCAGUAACCAGUGCUGCAUGCCCAGUGUCACACGCAGUAAGGAACGCUGCGUGCCCAGUGUCAUACCCAGUAACCAGUGCUGCAUGCCCAGUAUCACACGCAGUAAGGAACGCUGCGUGCCCAGUGUCAUACCCAGUAACCAGUGCUGCAUGCCCAGUAUCACACGCAGUAAGGAACGCUGCGUGCCCAGUGUCAUACCCAGUAACCAGUGCUGCAUGCCCAGUAUCACACGCAGUAAGGAAUGCUGCGUGCCCAGUGUCACACGCAGUAAGGAACGCUGCGUGCCCAGUGUCAUACCCAGUAACCAGUGCUGCAUGCCCAGUGUCACACGCAGUAAGGAACGCUGCGUGCCCAGUGUCAUACCCAGUAACCAGUGCUGCAUGCCCAGUAUCACACGCAGUAAGGAACACUGCGUGCCCAGUAUCACACGCAGUAAGGAACGCUGCGUGCCCAGUGUCACACGCAGUAAGGAACGCUGCGUGCCCAGUAUCACACGCAGUAAGGAACGCUGCGUGCCCAGUGUCAUACCCAGUAACCAGUGCUGCAUGCCCAGUAUCACAUGCAGUAAGGAACGCUGCGUGCCCAGUAUCACACGCAGUAAGGAACACUGCGUGCCCAGUGUCACACGCAGUAAGGAACGCUGCGUGCCCAGUAUCACACGCAGUAAGGAACGCUGCGUGCCCAGUGUCAUACCCAGUAACCAGUGCUGCAUUGCCCAGUAUCACACGCAGUAA